GUCGCAUCUGCUACAGCUAGCUGUGCUGGCUGAUAGCAGACUUCGUGCAUUAGCUUUAUAGCCCCGUUUUAAUUAAACAACGUGGCUGGAGACCAAAGCUCUGAAGAACCAGGUCAGAAAAAGAGGGAAAGAAACAUUAGCAUGCUAGGGCUAGCUUCACAUUAGCAUUUCCUCCUGUAUGGUGUGUGGGCGGUGAGAGCUCAGAGCUCCGUGAAAAACGGUUUCCUCUUCCUCCUGUUGGAUCCCAGUGUCAGGAUAGGGAAGCAAAGCAAAGCAGCAGCUGCUGGUGGUGCAGCCGGCUCGGGUGACAAAAUGUCCGAAAGUCCGGAGAAGGACGCCUCGGUGUCGGCUCAGGAGUUGAAGGAGCAGGGAAACCGUCUGUUCCUGAGCCGCAAAUACCUGGAGGCUGCAGCCUGCUACACCAAAGCCAUAAGCCACAGUCCCUCCAUCCCGGCGUACUACACCAACAGAGCGCUGUGCUACGUGAAGCUGCAGCAGUACGACAAAGCUCUGGCAGACUGCAGGCAGGCUCUGGAGCUCGACAGCCAGUCGGUCAAAGCGCAUUUCUUCAUGGGACAGUGUCACCUGGAGAUGGAAAACUACGACGAGGCCAUCGGCAACCUGCAGAAAGCUUAUAAUCUGGCAAAAGAGCAGCGGCUGAACUUUGGCGACGACAUCCCCAGCGCGCUGCGCAUCGCUAAGAAGAAGCGCUGGAACAGUAUGGAGGAGAGGAGGAUCAACCAGGAGAGCGAGCUGCAGGCCUAUCUCACCAAACUCAUCCACGCCGAGAAAAAGAGAGAACUGGAACGCUGCAGACAGAAGCAAGAGGAAAAAUCCGACGACAGCAGAGUCCGUCAGCGUCUCAACGAGAUCCACACCAAACACGACAAAUACCUGUCGGACCUGGAGGAGCUGUUCUGUCAGGUCGAUGAAAAGAGGAAGAAGCGUGAGAUCCCAGACUUCCUGUGUGGAAAGAUCAGCUUUGAGUUGAUGAGAGAGCCGUGCAUCACUCCCAGCGGAAUCACCUACGACCGCAAAGACAUCGAGGAGCACCUGCAGAGAGUCGGACAUUUUGAUCCAGUGACGCGCACGCCGCUGACCCAAGAUCAGCUCAUCCCAAACCUGGCCAUGAAGGAAGUCAUCGAUGCUUUUAUUUUGGAGAACGGAUGGGUGGAGGACUACUGACCCAGUUUGUUCAAUUCAGCUUUAUUUUAAACAUCCCAGUCACAGCAGCCGUCACUCUGGGAGUUUUUAUCAUGAAAGGUAAAGACAGCUGCUGCGUGAGGUCAACGGGCCAAUCAUCUCCUCUUUAUUUCCUGUCCUGUUCCAGUGCUGGAUGUUCGUAUUAAACAUGACGUUCGGUGUGUGCGCUAAUCCCCGUGAGCCAAAAAGUUUAAACUGCAGAUGUUUUUUUUCCUGCACCGCUGAGCUAAGUGGGCUAAAGUCCACUCUCGAGUCCAGUUAAUGAGCAGAGUGGGUCCACUUUAGUGUCCACAGAAACAAAACCCACCACUUCCGCUUUAAUCUGAUUAAAUACAGCCUGAAAACGACGCCCUGCACUGAUGGCGUAGCAGUCUGAGAACCACAUGACCACAAUCACGCUGCUGCACAACAAUCAGAGGCCCAGGCUGCGACGCGAGGUGAGAAAAGAGAUCAACAGGUGUGAAAUCAUCACUCGCCAGCCAAUCAGAUCUCUGGAAAAAGGACGUAGGAGAGAGCGCUGAGCCGACACCGUUCUUUAUGACUGUACGCUGCUGAAGGUAUAAACAUCGCAGGUUAAACUCUGGUUUUACUGGUUCGCACUCACGUCGCAGCUCCGAACGCUUCGGCUGUAGAUCUUUAAUGUUUGAGGAGAUAAAACUGGAAAGUCCUGAAAGGUGGUGUUUGUCAGGCCAGCGCUGCAUUCACUGACACCUGAGCAAACAUGAGACAUCGCACCAUGCUCGGUAUUCUGUACGCCGGCCCGUUUUCACUCGUUUCAUCCUCGAUGUUUUUGCUAUUUUAUCGUUUCUGCUUCAGAUCAAUCAAGUUAAACCUGCGCGGUUGUUUAGUGGGAGCAGAUUUCACAGGGAACGGUUUUCAGAUCCAGGUGAUGCGACGUCUGUACGGGAAAACUGAUCAACCUGCCGAUGUUCAGUAGAAAUAAAUGUGAAUAAAUCUUUCGUGUUUUUGUA